UGACUUGCGGUCUUUUUUAUAAAUAUGUAAUUAAUUAAGAGGAAGCAGCAAAGAGAAGCCCUUUCAUGGAGUACUUAUCACUUCUGAGAACAGAGAUGAUUUACAACACAAUAGCAGCAGUCACUGUUGCAAUUUUAUUGGUAUAUAUAUGGAGAGUAUUAAAUUGGGCAUGGUUUAGGCCAAAGAAAUUGGAGAAUUGCUUAAGGCAGAGGGGUCUCAAAGGAAAUCCAUACAAGUUACUCUAUGGAGAUUUAAAUGAGCUGACAAAAAGCAUAGUAGAAGCCAAGUCUAAGCCUAUCAGUUUCUCUGAUGAUAUAGCUCAAAGGCUCAUCCCUUUUUUCCUUGACUCCAUCAACAAAAAUGGUAAAAAUUCUUUUAUCUGGCUAGGCCCAUACCCGGUAGUGUUGAUCACAGAUCCUGAACAUGUAAAGGAGAUUUUCACAAAGAAUCAUGUGUAUCUAAAGCAAACUCAUCCCAAUCCAUUUACCAAGUUAUUGGCUAAAGGUCUUGUAAGCCUUGAGGAAGACAAAUGGGCCAAACACAGAAAAAUCAUUAAUCCUGCCUUCCAUGUCGAGAAGUUAAAGCAUAUGCUGCCAGCAUUUUAUCUGAGUUGUAGUGAAAUGCUAAGCAAGUGGGAGGAGAUUGUUCCAAAGGAAACAUCAUUGGAGAUUGAUGUAUGGCCAGACCUUCAAAUGAUGGCCAGCGAAGUCAUUUCUCGCACAGCAUUUGGGAGCAGCUAUGAAGAAGGAAGAAUAGUAUUUGAACUUCAGAAAGAACAAGCUGAGUAUGUAAUGGAAGUAGCACGUUCAAUUUAUAUACCUGGAUCAAGGUUCUUGCCUACUAAAAUAAACAAAAGAAUGCUGGAAAUCGAAAAAGAAAUUCAAACAACAAUUAGGCGCAUCAUUGACAAAAGAUUGAGGGCAAUGGAAGGAGGGGAGAAUAGUAAAGAUGACUUAUUAGGCAUAUUACUUGAAUCCAACAUGAAAGAAAUUGAACAACAUGGAAGCAAAGAUUUCGGAAUGACAACAAUAGAAGUGAUUGAAGAGUGCAAGUUAUUCUAUUUUGCUGGACAAGAGACAACUUCAGUGUUGCUCGUAUGGACAAUGAUUUUGCUGUGCCUACAUCCCGAGUGGCAAGUACGUGCGAGAGAGGAGGUUUUGCAGGUCUUUGGGAAUGAUAAACCAGAUCUGGAAGGACUAAAUCGCUUGAAAAUAGUGACUAUGAUCUUGUACGAGACGUUAAGGCUAUUCCCCCCAUUACCAACAUUUGGUAGAAGGAAUAAUGAAGAGGUGAAAUUGGGGGAGCUAAAUCUACCAGUUGGAGUGAUACUCAUUAUACCCGCAAUCUUAGUACAUUAUGAUAAGGAAAUAUGGGGUGAAGACGCAAAGGAAUUCAAACCAGAAAGAUUCAGUGAAGGAGUGUCAAAGGCAACCAAAGGACAAUUCUCAUUUAUCCCGUUUGGCGGAGGACCUCGAAUUUGCAUUGGACAAAACUUUGCAAUGUUGGAAGCAAAAAUGGCAAUAACUAUGAUACUUCAACGCUUCUCUUUUGAACUAUCUCCAUCUUAUGCACAUGCUCCAUUUGCAGUAGUGACUAUUCAUCCUCAGUAUGGUGCUCCUUUGCUUAUGCGCAAACUUUAAAAUGGAAUAUCCAUAAGAAUACUUUUAUCCAUAGGUAUCUUCUGAUGAAUUUCUAUGUUCAUUUGGUUUGUCCAUAUAUAAAAUCAACUAAAACAACUACUGCUAUGUUUCUUAA